CUUUUGCUGAUCCAGACUAGACUGGAUUACACUAUGAUUUUGCCGGACUGAUCAAGUGACGGUAAGAACAUUACACUUAAUCUAGACAUCCUCUAUUCCCUACCCUCGUUUGACAUGUUUGCUGUGCAUUAAAAUGUUUUUGAAUAUUUAUUAGAACUAACUACUGAUGUAUCGUCGUCCGUUUUACGGGAAGAGCCUUGUCGCUGAAGUGGGUGAAGUUGGAUUACGUUCAGAUUCUCACAACUCUAGUUUACAUUAGUAAGUUUAAGCCAUGCCUUUAUAGCUACACACAUUAAAGUUUAAAUGUAAAAAAGUAAAGGAAUGAUUUUAAUGUUCAGGGCAAGAAAAGUACUCUUUAGAUUUUCAGCACGGUGACUUUCAGUUUCCUGCGCGCUGAUCUUCGUCUGUGAAUUUUCUUUUUUGUGUUCAAUUUGUUUAUGACUGUCAGUUUUGUACUGUCAUAGCCUCAUAUUGACAGGUGCGCAUGUAUGCUUAUCUUCGUGUAUGGUCUAGAGCUGUGUGCUAUUAUUUAUUUACGUAUGUUGCCUGCAGCUUUGUGUAUUGUCGUCACGAACCCUCCUUUUCCGCGUUUACUUUUGUCUCUGACUCAGUGCAAGUUUUGAGUUUACUUUUGCUAGUGAUCUAAACUUUCAGUUUUGCAUGUCCCUUGAGAUCUAUGACUUCCAGUUUUCUUGAAAUUAUCUACAACGGUAUUUUUAGUUUUUUCUGUUAUCCUGUAGACAAACGAAGUCCUAUUGUAAAAAAGAGAUUGUCGUGGCCUUUUUUGCAUUCUUUCCACCAAGCUGAAAGAAACUGAACUGAUCAGUGAGAUGAACAACGUAGACGAAGUUAUACAAGUUAUCUUGAUCGGCCUCAUUUUUGCCGGCUUUCUUCUCAACACCAGUCGAUAUCUAACAGCCAUCGAAUUAUGCAAGGAAUGCUUGUUCAUUCUGCAAGACAGAGCAGCCAUAAUAGACGAGAAAUUCACCAAAUCAUUCUACAAGACGAUAUAUUUUACAAUGUGGAAGGCUUGUAGUCUUAUCAGUGAUAACACAAACGCCAUAAAAUACGCAGAGAAGAUUCUCCAAAUUUACCGUGAAAAUGGUGAAAGACUUGAAGAAUGUGAGCUAAGCUUAGAACUUGGAGAGAUGUAUUUCCAUCAAUGCAAAUACCCAGAGGCAAUACAACUCUAUGAAGAAGCGCUCCUGAUCAGUAGAGAAAUUGGAGACAGAAGAGGAGAAGCUUACUGUCACGUAGGCCUUGGAGUCGUGUAUCAAUCAGUUGGCGAAUAUGAGAAGGCUAAAGGAUAUCUCGAAAAGUCACUCUCGAUCCACAAAGAAAUUGGAGACAGAAACGGAGAUGCUGCCUCGUGCUUAAACCUUGGAACUGUGUGUCUACCGAAUGGCGAAUAUGAGAAGGCUAGAGAACAUCUGGAGAAAUCACUUGUGAUCUAUAGCGAAAUUGGAAACAGGAAAGGGGAAGCUACCUCGCUCUAUUACCUUGGAGCUGUGUGUCGAACAUUUGGCGAAUAUGAGAAGGCUAAGGGACAUCUGGAGAAAUCACUUGUGAUCUUCAAAGAAAUUGGUGGCAGAAAUGGAGAAGCUAGCUCUUACUUAUGCCUUGGAACUGUUUAUCAAGCAAUUGGCAAAUACGAGAAGGCUAGAGAACUUCUCGAGGAGUCACUUACGAUCCAGAAAGAAAUUGGACACAGAAAAGGAGAAGCUGCCUCCUACGUAAGUCUUGGAUCUGUGUGUGGAGCAAUUGGCGAAUAUGAGAAGGCUAGAGAACAUCUCGAGAGAGCACUUGUAAUUCAGAAGGAAAUUGGAGACAAAGAGGGAGAAGCGAUAGGUUACGCUAACCUUGUAACUCUGUAUGCAUCAGUUGGCGAAUACGAGAAGGCUUCAGACUACUGUCAAAAAUCCUUAGCCAUCAGUAAAAUGAUUGGCAACAGACGUAUACUAGCUUUUAGUUACUAUGAGCUAGGAGCGAACUUUUACUCUCUUGGAAAGUAUAGAAAGGCUAACGAAUAUAAUCAGAAAGCACUUGCAAUCUUCAAAGGCAUUGGAGACAGAGAUGCGAUGGCUAAAACGUACCUCAAGCAAGGAGCUGUGGAGCAAGCUGUUGGUAACUUUGUCAAGGCAAGAGAAUAUUUUGAAAAAGCAAUUGCGAUAAGCAAAGAAAUUGGAAAUGGGGAUAUAAAAGCAGCGGGUUGCUCAAACCUCGGCGUUUUGCUUAUAGAUCAGGCUGAAUAUGAUAGAGGGGAAGAAUAUAUCAAGAGAGCACUUGUAUUAAGUGAAGCAGUUGGAGAGAUUGAAAAACAGUUCCAGUUGCUCAUAAUUAUGGCACACCUUAGAAUGAAAGAGAGAAAUAUUCGGGAAGCUAUCUCAUAU